UUCGUUUGUAAAGUGCUAAAUGCCAGCAUCAUGUACAGUUCCCGAUUGCGAAUUGAAAUAUGCCCAUUCGGAAGACGUAUCUUAUCACAAAUAUCCCCUGAGAAAACCUGAACUUCUGGCCAAAUGGAUUAAGUUCGCUGGCCGCAACCCGGAAUGGGAGCCUACUAAGUGGAGUACGAUUUGCAGUCGUCAUUUCAAAGCGAGUGAUUUUAAGGAUUGUAUCUACCGAAAAAAUCUAAUUAGUACAGCGAUUCCAUCCAUUCGGAUUAGGAAAUCGACUAAUAUAUUGGUAAAAUGUGGCUCUGAAAAAAUAGAGGCAGACAAACAGCAACCGGAUACGUCACCGGAGCAAGGUGAAAUACCUGAAACGGAGACUGAUCAGGAGGAGUUGUCCGGUGGGGAAGAUACGCAGUUGUUGGAUAUGACUUGUCGCUUGUGUGGCACAGUAUUCAACAAAUGGUGUCAAAGUUUGUUAUCGGAAUUCGGAAUGCAUGCCACUUUGAUCACAAAAUGCUUGCCGUUCGUUAGUCUGGAAUUGAUGCCUUAUCCUUCCAAGGUUUGUGGCAGCUGCUUAAAAGUAUUGAAUAGCUUUUCGACAUUCUACGAUAACGUAGCCAAAGUUCAAGGAGAUCUCGAGCAAAAGUAUACUGGCAUUAGCGAACUGCCUACAGAUAAACCUGUUCCGGAUGUUCCAUCGAGAACGAUGAAAAUCAAACAGGAACCGUUGAUAAACAUUAAAGAAGAAACGGUCGACAAUAAUGCAACGAAAGCUAGAGAAACUGAAAGUUCACUGAUUAUCAAGAAUCCAAAUAUUACGAACGACAAAAACAAAUUGCUGCUGUUUAACACUCUAACAAACGAAGGACAAAUCACGAAGCAAACUCGAGAGUCAAAAAAUUGUGAGAUUUUAGAGAUUGUUAACUUAUACCCUCCAAUUGUGGAUAUAACUAGUGCUACAAUUCGGGAGGUGCAACCGUACGAAAUUACUUUGCCCUCGUCAUUGCCUAAUCCGACAUGUCAAACAGUUGCCCCGCAAAUAAUUAAUCUUAAAACCGAAAACACAGCAGAAUUAGAAGAAAACUUUGAAGAAUACUCUGGUUAUUACCAGGACUUUAUUGCUGGUUUUACCGCUUGGGAAGAACAUAGCUACUCCAAGCUCCCCAUACAAGCGGACGACAAUAAAGACGAACUGUUUCCGAGUCACAUGGAACUGGCACCGUUAGAGCCCAUAAAUUUGGGCAAUUCCGCGACUGUCAGAGUAAUCCACGUGGAGCUGCCGCCUCUACAACCUGUUAUUCCUUCGCUUCCGUGCCUCAGAUGUCACCGACAAAACUUCCACUCACGAGUAAAAUUGCUACGUCACCAAAUCUUUCACUGUCCGUUUAGGAUAAAUCGCUCGUAUCGCUGUCUUAAUUGUCAGCAGAAAUUCUGUACCUGGCAUGAGCGUAGAACACAUGUCCCCGUAUGUCGUCGAAGGUUACUAAAACAACAGCUGAGGCUUGAUAAGGCUAAACGAGCGCAGGAGAAUCGAAAAGCUCAACGGCAAGACAGAUCGUCGACAACGGGUCGUUUCGAUUGUACAAUGUGCGAUCGAUCCUACACCAGGCUGUACAAUUUGAACCGACACAAGGCUAGCCACAGGCCCGUUGAUCAGUGGAAUCAUAAAUGUGGCGUUUGUCAAAAGAUUUUCGACAAAUUGUUCGAUCUGAAGAAACACUUCCAAUUGGCAAAAUGCACCGGAAGCAACGGUAGUGGGUUUUCAAUGCCUAAGCCGGAUGAAAAUACCACGGGAGAUGUUGUGUCGUUGCAGUCGGGAGCAGUAACUUCCGAUAGAUUGCUGUACGUUUGUUCCACCUGUGCGAAACAGUUUAAGUCGUACAAUAGUUUGAAGGUACACGAAAGUGUUCAUACAGGUUUGAAAGUGUUUAUUUGUGAAACGUGUGGAAAACGAUUCGGUGGACAGGUCAAUCUUAGUCAGCAUCGACUAACGCAUGUUGAUGAGAAGCGAUUCGCAUGCAAGCUAUGCCCCAAGGUUUUUAAACGAAGUGGUGGUCUCGGUCAACACGUUAAAGCUUUUCACAUGAAAAUUAAACCAUACCAGUGUGCCGUGUGUCGAAGGGACUUUGCACUGAAGGCAGACAUGAUACGGUGCCGACACUCAAAGCUUAAAGAUUUUGGUUAGUUGGGCUUAGAAGGGAAUCUGCUCUCGCAAAAAAAUCGCUGGUUCCCUCAUGGAAAGGAGCACGUAAAAAUGGAGUUUUUUUGGGCAGCGUGACCUACGAAUUAUGAAUCCAGUACGCAUAAAAUCUUUCCGAAAAUUCUUCGGAGCAGACGUAGAAGGUGGAAUAAAUUUAACAAAAUAUGCGCUCCAGCACGUGAGAAUUUUUAGAAACUUUGCUGGAAGAAAAAUGUGCAGCUGUUUUGUCAUAU